AUGCCCGGCCCUUAUAUGCCUGGUAGAAGGCAAGAGCAGCAGUACUACCACCACCAUAUCCCGCCCCAGACACACUCGCCCGUCCAUCACAACCCCUAUGCCGCCCCUUACCACCACCUCCAGCAGUAUGGCCCUCCCCACGGCUAUCCCCAACACAUGCAGCCUAUGCAGCAGCAAUGGUACCCGUAUCAGCAACCACCGCCGCCCCCGCCGCAGUACGCCAUGCCUCCGCGUCAGUUUCAGCCUCAACCUCAUGCGUCGCCCGUGGUAGUUACUUCGCACCUGCACAUGGCACCCCCAGUCAAUCGCGCCAUGGGUCAAACGCCGCCUAUUGUCCAUUCGCGCACUCCGCCUGCUCCUCGUAUGCCCACUCCCCAAUCGGCGCCGUCCACAGCUUCACUCCAGUCACAUGCUCAAAUGACCUCUUCGACCCCGCAGACAAGCACCACUGUCGACAGCUCUCCCCCGGUUGCUGAGUCAAAGUCUACUCAAGCAGCUCCGACCACCCCACAAUCCAUCGCAUUCAAGCCCUUCUAUCCGCCUCUUCCCUGGCUAUCCGUCCCUGACUCGGACUUCCCUGCGCGCGCUGCGCGAGGGCGGAGAAGGCGAAGAGCUCCGGUGUCUACCGAAGAGCAGGCUUUGGCACUCCCCUCACGCGAGCAGGCUGUGGACGAGCAUGACACGAAGGAAUCUGGGCAUGACACUGAGGGUGAUUUGACUCCAACUGAAGAACCAGAAGAGUCGCAGGCUUCGACCAUUGCGGGACCCUCUGACGCUGAAGUCGAUACCCCGUCUACCUCACAUCCGCCUUCGGAAGCCGAUUUGGCGCAAUCUACCACACCGUCUACCACAACACCAUCCGCUAUGCAAUCGCCUGCGCAGCCCUCAGCUGCUGUCAAGAAACACGCCCGCAACACCACGAUUCCUGCCGUACCCCGCAUUCCUGUCAAAUCCGCAAAAGCACCAAGUGCGGCUUCUACUACACAACAGUCGGUCAAGUCGCCUGCCGCGACUCACAAGGAGUCGAUCCAGGCUGAAGACGCAGUUGUAACGACACCAGACACGGGCGCAAAUGCUGAAGAAACACCAAAGGCAUCUCCGCCUAAGCCGGCAGCACCGAAGUCAUGGGCAGAGUUGCUUAGAGCGAAGAAUGCUCCCGCCGCGGCACAGCCAGCCCCUGUACCCAACGGCGCUGUUGCUGCUCCCAACGGUCCAGUAGUGCCAAAGAACACCACACUCGCCGAUAUUCUGGCAUCUUUCUCAGUCGAUUCAGGGAAAAAGGUUUCCUUUAUCGAGCCUCGUGGUCUAGUAAACACGGGCAACCUCUGUUAUAUGAAUUCUAUUCUCCAAGUACUUCUAUUUUGCGUUCCUUUCUACGACUUCCUCGAUCAGGUUGCGAAGCGCGCUGCCCAUAGCUUCAAAUCUGAGACACCUCUCGUUGACGCCAUGAUCAUGUUUCUACGCGAUUUUCGACUUAUCGACUCUGCGGAUAACGUCGAUCAACUCCGACUCCGGUUGAAGGGUAACGAGCUGGAGCAGUACGGAGACCCACUUACGCCCGAGUACGUUUACGACGUCAUUAAGCGUCUGCCUCGCUUCGAUAACAUGAAGAGGGGUCAACAAGAAGAUGCCGAGGAGUUCCUAGGGUUCUUGCUUGCUGGACUGCACGACGAGUGCGUGCACAUCAUCAAGAGUGGGAGGCAAAGCCAGUCCGCAGACACCGUCACAUCCCCCAAGACUGAGCGCUCAGGGUCCAUUGAUGGUGGCUGGGAAGAAGUCGGACACAAGCAGAAAACCGCUAUCACACAGAACUCUGGUGCCAUUGACAUCGAGAGCCCUAUCACGAAGAUCUUUGGUGGUAAGCUGCGGUCAGAAUAUAAGAGGCCGGGCGAGAAGGCUUCCGUCACGCUAGAACCGUACCAACCGCUUCAACUUGAUAUUGGCGAGCCCAACAUCAAUAAUAUCUCUGAUGCUCUAAAGAAUCUGACACGUCUGGAGACAUUGGACGGUGCGGCUCGGGGGGCCAAGGCCUCUACGAAGCAAGUACACAUCGAGACCCUCCCCCCAGUCUUGAUACUCCAUCUGAAGCGCUUCCACUACGACGAAAAGGGACCUCAAAAGAUUUGGAAGAAGAUUGGGUACCCCUUGGAGCUAGAGCUUCCCAAGGAGGUUUUCCCGCCACACAAACGAGGCAGCUACCAGGCUCAGGGAGGCUUCCCGCGCUACAGGCUCACUGGCGUUGUGUACCACCAUGGUAAGAACGCGAGUGGUGGCCACUACACCGUGGACCUUCGACGACAAGAGGGCAAGGAAUGGAUCCGUAUGGAUGACACCAUUAUUCGUCGUAUCCGCGCAGCAGAAGUCGCAGAAGGCGGCGCCGAAGAGGAUCCCAAGGUCCUAGCUGCCGCUCUCGAGCAGCACAAGAAUGAUGCUGGGAAGAGCAAAAACUUCUUCGCCCAGAUUGACAUGGAAGAGGAGGAAACUGACAAGGGAGGUUGGAACCAGGUCAACGGGACGGAGAAGCAAAAGGACGGCAUCAAGAAGUGGACCGGCGUCGUCAACGGUGCGGCGACCCCUAACUCGGGGGGUAGGAGGACACCACUGCCCAAGGAGAACGUGCGCGACAAUAAGGUGGCGUACAUCUUGUUCUACCAGCGUAUGGAGACUUGA